AUGUCGUCGAUUUUCGGUUCCGGUCCCACCGCUCCCCCUCAGACCUCCGAGGAGAUCAAGGCUGCCGUCGUGCUCCAGCUCCAGCAGGAGGCCGCCAUGUCGAACGCCCGUUCCCUGAUCGGAAAAAUCAACAAGCACUGCUUCAAGGCUUGCGUUCCCGCCCCCGGCUCCUCGCUCUCAUCCAAGGAGAACACUUGCCUGUCUAACUGCAUGGAGAAGUACAUUGCCAUGUGGAACGCCACAAACAAGACCUACAUCGCUCGCAUCGCCGUGGAGACCAAGCGUAUGGGUGGUCAGGAUGCUGCUGCCAUUGCCUCUAUGGCUACCGGCGUGCCCGAGGGCGGCGGUGGUAUUCUGGGCUAA